GUAAACCCCAAAAGAGCCUAAAACCCUAAGAAGCCAUGACGCGCAGUCUGCUCAAACAUGCCUCUCUCUGCACUCGCAAUUUUCUUCUCUCUCCAUCCACUUACAGGCCAAACCCUAGUCUCUCACUCGCCCCACUCGCCGCUUCGACUCGGUUUCGAGUCGGACUCCACUCGUUCGAGCCUGUCUCAUCAAAUAUAUCGAAUUUGACACAGACCCAGAAGAUAGUUUUCUCCACCGAUGCUGAAGACGUCAGUGACGAAGAGCUGAAAAAGCGCAUAGAAAGAUUCUAUGCCGGCGAUGCAGAGGCAGUGCCGUCGAUCUUUGAAGCGAUUUUGAAGAGGAAAUUGGCAGGUAAGCAUGACGAGGCUGACAAGAAGGUGAUGGAAGAAAUUUGUGGGAAGAGGGAAGAUUCUCUGGACGAUAUUGAUGAUGAGGAGUCCGACUCAGAUGGAGAGUUUAGCGGCUCUGAUUUCGAUGAAUCAUCGAGCGAGACUGAUGAAGAUUUUGAUGAAUCCCAUGGAAAGAAGACUGUCAGGAAGACAAGGGCGAGGGAUGAGUGGGAGAGGGUCAUCAUGAAGCGCACUCUGCUGAGAAAUGUCACUCUCUACACUCGCAAUCUUCUCAGGAACCCAAACCCUAGUCCUUCACACGCUCCUCUAGCAGCCUCGACUCGGCCCCGACUCAGGUUCUACUCGUCCGAGAACGACUCGUCCGGCGAAAAGCCCAGCUCUGCUCCCGAGACGAGCUUGGCACAACCCCAGAAGAACGAUGCCCCCAUUGCCGCCGGGGAUGUUUCCGGUGAAAACCCUAGCUCUACUCCCGAGACGAGCUUGGCCAAAACCCAGAAGAAAGGUGCCCUCGUCGCCGUCGAGGAUGUCAAUAACAAAGAGCUGAAAAUGCGGAUAGAGAAGUACUUUAAAGGUGACGAGGAGGCACUUCCAUCGAUCCUCGAAGCGAUUCUGCAUAGGAAGUUGACCGGAAAGCAUGAGGAGACAGAUGAUGAGCUGAUGGAAGAGUUACGGAUGAAGCCACUAGAUAAUGUUAAGGACAAAGAAUUUGAAUCGGAUUUUGAGGAAAUGCAUGAGACGGAUGAGGAGAUUGAUGAUUUAUACAGUGCAAGGGAUAUAGUCACGAAGAGAAUGGUUAAGGAUGAGUUCUUCAACAUGGAUGACCAGAAGUGGGAUGGGCUUGUUAAGGAGGCGAUCCAGCACAAGGUCAUGAAGGACACGAGGGAGUGUGAGGAAAUUUUAGAGGAUAUGCUUAGAUGGAAUAGCCUCCUCCCAGAUGAGAUAAAGAAAAAGGUGGAAGAGAGGUUCAAUGAGCUAGGGGAUAUGUGUGAAAGAGGAGAGAUUGAACCUGAAGAAGCUUAUGAGCUGUUUAAGGAGUUUGAGGAUGAGAUGGUCAUGGAAUGUACGAAGACAAUGGAAGCUGAGGGGCCCCCCCAGUUUGAUGAGAUUGCUGUGCCAGACAAGAAAAAGGACUUAGGUGACCCACCUGGUGAGGGACCUAUCCUUAGGUGGCAAACAAGGGUAGUUUUUGCUCCCGGUGGCGAUGCAUGGCACCCAAAAAACAGAAAAGUGAAAAUGUCUGUUACUGUGAAAGAGCUUGGGCUUUCAAAGCAUCAAUUCCGUCGUCUUAGGGAACUGGUUGGAAAAAGAUACCAUCCAGGGAAAGAUGAACUUACAAUCACUAGUGAGAGGUUUGAACAUCGCGAGGAAAACAGAAAGGAUUGCCUUAGGACUCUCUAUUCCCUCAUUGAGGAAGCUGGGAAAGCAAGGAAACUAGUAGAGAAUGCUCGAGCUUCAUAUGUCAAGGAGAGACUAAGAGCUAAUCCUGCAUUUAUGGAGAGGUUGCGUGCCAAGACCACGAGAACACGAGAAUCCGACUCGGUGUCUGCUUGAAAAUUUGAUUAACAACAGCUGGCUCUUGGAUUAAUAAAAUUCCCGGUUGGUUUUAUGAUUCCUUGCUAA